UUAGAUAGCGGAUCCGCAGAGGCGGCUGCGAAAAGAAGAUGCGGGGCUCCGGGCCCCGGGGUGCGAGACGCCGGCGGCUCCCGAGCGGCUGCGGCGAUUCCCGCCGCGCUCCCGCGUCGCUGGCCGGCUGCUACCCCGCGCCUCGCCGGGCCCCGCUCUGGACGUGCCUUCUCCUCCUGUGCGCCGCGCUCCGGACCCUCCUGGCCAGCCCCAGCAAUGAAGUGAACUUAUUGGAUUCACGUUCUGUCAUGGGGGACUUGGGAUGGAUUGCUUUUCCAAAAAAUGGGUGGGAAGAGAUUGGUGAAGUUGAUGAAAAUUAUGCUCCUAUUCACACAUACCAAGUAUGCAAAGUUAUGGAACAAAAUCAAAAUAACUGGCUUUUGACCAGUUGGAUUGCCAAUGAAGGUGCUUCCAGAAUAUUCAUAGAACUCAAGUUUACUCUGCGAGAUUGCAACAGUCUUCCUGGAGGACUGGGGACCUGUAAGGAAACUUUUAACAUGUAUUACUUUGAGUCAGAUCAUGAGAAUGGAAGAAAUAUCAAAGAAAAUCAGUACAUCAAAAUUGAUACCAUUGCCGCUGAUGAAAGUUUUACAGAACUCGAUCUCGGUGACCGUGUCAUGAAGCUCAAUACAGAGGUCAGAGACGUAGGACCUCUAAGCAAAAAGGGAUUUUAUCUUGCUUUUCAAGAUGUGGGUGCUUGCAUUGCUCUAGUUUCAGUGCGUGUGUACUAUAAAAAAUGCCCUUCUGUGGUGCGACACUUGGCCAUCUUCCCCGACACCAUCACAGGAGCUGAUUCUUCACAACUACUUGAGGUGUCUGGAUCCUGUGUCAACCAUUCAGUGACUGAUGACCCACCCAAAAUGCACUGUAGUGCUGAAGGGGAAUGGCUGGUGCCCAUUGGGAAGUGCAUGUGCCAAGCAGGUUAUGAAGAGAAAAAUGGCACCUGUCAAGUGUGCAGACCUGGGUUCUUCAAAGCCUCACCUCACAGCCAGAGCUGCAGCAAAUGUCCACCUCACAGUUAUACCCAUGAGGAAGCUUCAACCUCUUGUGUCUGUGAAAAGGAUUAUUUCAGGAGGGAUUCUGAUCCACCCACAAUGGCAUGUACAAGACCCCCCUCCGCUCCUCGGAAUGCCAUCUCAAAUGUUAAUGAAACUAGUGUCUUUCUGGAAUGGAUUCCUCCUGCUGACACUGGUGGAAGGAAAGAUGUAUCAUAUUAUAUUGCAUGCCAGAAGUGCAACUCCCAUACAGGUGUGUGUGAGGAGUGUGGCAGUCAUGUCAGGUACCUCCCCCAGCAAAUCGGCUUGACAAACACCUCUGUCAUGAUGGUGGAUCUGCUCGCUCACACAAACUAUACCUUUGAGAUUGAGGCAGUGAAUGGAGUGUCCGACUUGAGUCCAGGAGGUCGUCAGUAUGUGUCUGUAAAUGUAACCACAAAUCAAGCAGCCCCCUCACCUGUCACCAAUGUGAAAAAAGGAAAGAUUGCAAAAAAUAGCAUUUCCUUGUCAUGGCAAGAGCCAGAACGUCCCAAUGGAAUCAUUCUGGAAUAUGAAAUCAAAUAUUUUGAAAAGGACCAUGAAAGCAGCUAUACAAUUAUCAAAUCUAAAGAGACUACUAUAACUGCUGAGGGCUUGAAACCAGCUUCAGUGUAUGUCUUCCAAAUUCGAGCUCGCACAGCAGCAGGCUAUGGUGUCUUCAGUCGAAGAUUUGAGUUUGAAACCAUCCCAGUGUUUGCAGCAUCCAACGAUCAAAGUCAGAUUCCUAUAAUUGCUGUGUCUGUGACCAUAGGAGUCAUUUUGUUGGCGGUGGUUAUCGGCUUCCUCCUCAGUGGAAGUUGCUGCGAAUGUGGCUGUGGGAGGGCUUCUUCCCUGUGCGCUGUUGCCCAUCCAAGCCUAAUAUGGAGGUGUGGUUACAGCAAGGCAAAGCAAGAUCCAGAAGAGGAAAAGAUGCAUUUCCAUAAUGGGCACAUUAAACUUCCAGGAGUAAGAACUUAUAUUGAUCCACAUACAUAUGAGGAUCCUACUCAAGCUGUCCAUGAAUUUGCGAAGGAGAUAGAAGCUUCAUGCAUCACAAUUGAAAGAGUUAUUGGAGCAGGUGAAUUUGGUGAAGUUUGUAGUGGACGUUUGAAACUUCCAGGGAAAAGAGAAUUACCUGUGGCUAUCAAAACCCUUAAAGUAGGCUAUACUGAUAAACAACGCAGAGAUUUCCUGGGGGAAGCAAGUAUCAUGGGGCAGUUUGAUCAUCCCAACAUUAUACACUUAGAAGGUGUUGUAACAAAAAGUAAACCAGUCAUGAUUGUGACAGAGUAUAUGGAAAAUGGUUCUUUAGAUACAUUUUUAAAGAAAAAUGAUGGGCAAUUCACUGUGAUUCAGCUUGUUGGCAUGCUGAGAGGCAUUGCUGCAGGAAUGAAGUACCUUUCUGACAUGGGUUACGUUCAUAGAGACCUUGCUGCCAGAAACAUCUUAAUCAAUAGUAACCUUGUGUGCAAAGUGUCUGACUUUGGACUUUCCAGGGUACUGGAAGAUGAUCCUGAGGCAGCCUACACCACAAGGGGAGGCAAAAUUCCAAUCAGAUGGACUGCCCCAGAAGCUAUAGCAUUUCGAAAAUUUACCUCUGCCAGUGACGUCUGGAGCUAUGGAAUUGUGAUGUGGGAGGUUGUGUCGUAUGGAGAGAGACCCUAUUGGGAGAUGACCAAUCAAGAUGUGAUUAAAGCUGUUGAGGAAGGCUACCGUCUACCAAGUCCCAUGGACUGUCCUGCAGCUCUCUAUCAAUUAAUGCUGGAUUGCUGGCAGAAAGACCGAAAUAGCAGGCCCAAGUUUGAUGAAAUCGUCAAUAUGUUGGACAAACUAAUACGGAAUCCAAGUAGCUUAAAGACUCUAGUUAAUGCAUCAAGCAGAGUGUCUAGUUUAUUGGCAGAACACGGUUCACUGGGAUCUGGGGCCUACAGAUCAGUAGGUGAAUGGUUAGAAGCAAUCAAAAUGGGCCGAUAUACAGAAAUUUUCAUGGAAAAUGGAUACAGUUCAAUGGACGCUGUGGCUCAGGUGACCUUGGAGUGAGUAAUUUUUCUGAUAAUUUUUACAUAAUUGCUGGGCAAGAAAAAUUGUUCAGAAACCAGUCUCAAUGAGGUCAAGGGAAAUCAGUUAAACUUUGUCUCUGUGUGGCAACUUUGAAAGAUGCCACUUCUUUGUAAGCCUGUAUUGUUAACAACUGCAUGGUUAAAGCUACUUGUUGGCCAGUAUCUUUGCUUCUUUGAUUCAAAAUAACAUUUGAAUAAUUGGAAUAAUAGCUCUUUGGCAAAAUACUGGUAUUUUGUGUUGUGGAAAGAUGUUUUCUUAACAAGGUUUUUCUACUGGUACCUAUGUUAUUUGAAUGUAAAUACAAAAACAAACUGUAAGCACAAUUGGUGUGGCCAGUCCUACAUUAUGACAAAAUGCAUUCUUAAAUUUUGGCUAUGAUGAAAUUCCAUCUAACAACAUCUUACAUAAAGCCUCCCAGGCAGGAAUCUCAUUUAAUCUCUAAGUGGUGCACCUUAUAUUCUUGCAAUUUAAGGAUAUUUAAGAUUCUGCCUCUGAUUUGUUAUUUGGUACAAUCUCAGUGGAACCAAUUGUGCCCUUUUCUGUUUGCACGUUUAAGGUAAAAUUUAUCAAACCUUAUUAAAUAAAAUUGCUAGAGUUCAAUAUUAAAUUCUUUAAAGUUGUAAGUUAAUUUUAUUUUAUUAUAUACUCUGUGUGUAAUUAUUUUAGCCUAAUAUUUAUUUGUGAAUAUUAACUAUUGUUAUGGUGGUUCCAUCUAGAUUACACUAACAUUAAUAAUGUUUUAACCUGUGAAUAUAAUGAUAAUGUGCUCCAAAUUUCUUAAAAAUUCAAAGGUUAAAAUAUUGUUGUAAAAAAAAAUUAGAACAUGGUAGAAUAUUUUAAACUACUAAACCAUAGUCCUUAUUCCAUUACUUCACAUAGUAUGAACAUUGAGCAAUUGCUUCUCACCAGUUCUACUAUUCUGACAUUCUUUGAUUCAUUGACUUCAUGGCUCAUCCACCAAAAGGUAACAGGGUACCAUCAUUUAUCAUCUAUUAAUCCCACAGUCAUAGGAUUUCUCUUAUUUAUUAUGUGUAACUAAAGUCACCAGAUCACUUUCUUAAUCUUACCAUCAUCACCAAAUCAUAUCUACUUAGUGGCAUGUUGACUUUUCAGUUGUUUCUUUAUACACUGAGAUCAUUUAUGAUAUAUCUAAAUAGUAAACUGAAAAUUUUACUGAUAAUUUAAAACUAUUUUUACAUGAUUGCUAUUUAAUUUUCCAGUACAAAUGGUCAUUUUAAUUUAUUAAAGUCAUUUGUCAUUUUAUAUUAAAAUGAUACUGUAGGUAUUUCUUCUACCCAAUGUCAGAUUUCUUGUAAAUAUAUAAUAAAAUUAUUUGCAUUAAACAA